AUGAACAAUGUACCAUUGCAAUUGAUUCUAAUCCAGAAAAUUAUAAAAACAAAAGGAGACCAAGAAGAGAUGAUACUACCAGAUUCUGAUUAAGAGGAUUAAUUUCAAACUCUAAUUAACAACAACGGAAAUGGAGAUAUUGAAUCAAGAUUACAAUUAAAAAUGAAACAACUUCGAUUCAGCAAUUAAAAUCAAAUCUAUUAUUUCACAUAGAAUCAAAAAUCCUCUCCAAAUCAGUCUCCUGCUCUCUCUCCAAGAUACGCUUCCAAUUCAAUCUAAUCUAUUCUCAAACCUAAGAGUUGUUCGAUUUUCGGAUAGACAAAGAAAUGA